CGAUCUUUCCGUUCCUGCAUCUCGCGAGCACCUAUGAUCUGCGACAUGAACACGAGCCCUACUGAGCAGGGUUCCGAAGCAGGGCCAUCGAAGCGUGUUGUGACUCGUGCUUGUGAUCUAUGUCAUGAGCGUAAAGUGAAGUGUGAUGGUCAAUUGCCCUGUCGGACUUGCUUGAGGGGUCCUGACCUAUGCACCUAUGCCAAUGUCCCGCGCAAGAAGGGACCAAAGAGGAAAAAGACGAACGAGGGCGAUCAAAUCCCUCCCGGCACAGAAGAUCCAUAUGACUGGUUCAAGCAAGAUGCCAUUGUGGAUCCCUCGUUCACCGUUCCAACGCCGUCCCAAUACGGUGUGCCAUAUGCGGGCUACCCCACAUCACUAUCUUGGCCUGAUACUGGUCCUUCCCACCCAUCGCCAUUAGCCAUGACGAUGCUGGAGACGACGAUCAUACCGCUGCUUCACACGUUCUACGAGCGCAUCUACCGGAUGAUGCCCAUCUUUCCGGCCAUUCACAUUUUCGGCAGUAUCCCGUCUGCAUCACACGAGUACCAUUUCAUCUCAGAUAGAACGCGUGAUCCAUGCUUCAUCGCCCUCAUCCUCUCCAUGGCGGCCCUAGCUUCCAUCCAUCCCCUUCAGCAGCACGAGAUGGCCGCUAAACCGGAUAGAGUCCGUCAGGCAAUCGGCUUGUUGGAAGAGGCAGAACGACUCCAGCAUCAAAAAAUUCCGACGCUUGAGCUGAUUCUCACAAAGUAUCUCGGUUUUGCGACCUGGGGCGAGCUCCAACGGGGCGAUCUAUCUUCAGCUAAACUGUCCGAAACACUGGAGCUGGCGACAAGCCUACAUCUGGACUCUUUCGAUCGGAUGGGCGAUGAGGAAAGCACCAGAAGGUAUCAGACGAUGCACCAUGUCCUAGCUUUGACCGAGAUCGUCUCCGCCAUAUUCAACCCGGUCAAGAUCAACGCAAUCAAUCUACGAUGCCUUUCACCGGGUGUUCUGGCGUUGUACGAUUGUCGCCUGUCUCGACAUUUGCAAUGCCUCGCUUCCCUGUUUUCUAAUCUGGACGACAGCAUAUUCUACUGUUGGACGCAGCAGUGUCCAACGCAUGAGCGAAAAAUGUGCCACCGCCUCGAUCGAGCCAGAGUUCUGACACUCCUGCGGGAUCUUUCUCAGCCACCACAUAUCGUCCUGACAGAGGAGAUUGACCUCUUAUCAGAGUCAGAGAGGGCAGAUGUAGUAGUCACAUGGCAAUGGUUGCGGAAUCGAGUUUGGACACUUGCGCAUGCCCAUCGCUUGACACAUCGUGCGAAUGACCUCGAGCUCAUGCUCUCGGCACCGGAGCUCAGUACCGACUACCCAGUCGAUGUGGCGCUGACAACAGUCGAGCUCUGUCGUGCGCUCUCAUUUGCCAGUAUGGAGACACAUGGACGUGGAUUUGUUGAGAAGCUGUAUAACAUCGCUGCGACACCUACGGGACUCUUGGUUGAUGAUCAUCAAGCUUUGCAUGGGAAGCUCGCGGAUAUGGCCAAGACUGAGCAAUGGUCAGAGAUGAUCAAAGCUCUACACCAUUUUGUGUCCAGACAUCGGCAAGGAGCAGACUUGGCCAUGCCUCUGGGUCUGGCUCUUUCAGUAGGACCUGCCUUAGCCCCAGCUGUGGCUGUAUAAAUACUGUAUAUUGCCAGGGAAGGGCCUUCUCUGCUCCUCUCUGCGACUACAGAGGUCGAUCAUGUGGAAUUAGGCAUCAUCUUGGGCAUGUAUUUCUGCUGUAUAUGAG